AUGGCUACGAAAUUCAUCGAUACGGAUGAAGAACAAAGGCAAACACAACGUUUUUCGGAUAUCGCUGGAGAACCUUGUCAAAUGUUGAUGCCUAUUCAAGGGUAUGAGAAUAAGCCACUUGUUACUCUCGACGAGGCUGUAGAGCCGAUUGUUUUAUAUGUACCCGAUGUCAAACGAAUGGCUUAUAUUGCAAAAAUGAAAUGUACAGAGCGUUCAUCAAGAAAACUACCAAUCGAUCAAGCAGCUUCAAUCAUGCUUUAUACGAUGGAAUGGGAGCCACAAGAAGAAUGUCUUUAUUAUGUCUUUAAUCAGACACUUCGAAACGAAAAUCGACAAAAACUAAAGCCCUGGUUUCUUUAUCUCAAGUUAAUUCUUACUGCAUUGGCUCAGCUUCCGUCAACAGUUUCGUUUGUUUUUCGUGGAAUUAAACAGGACAUGAGAAACAAUUAUUCAGAAGGAAAGACAUUCGUUUGGUGGGGAUUUAGUUCUUGUACAUCGAAGAUGAAAGUACUCGAGAAUGAAUUAUUUUUGGGUACGAAAGGUCCAAGAACUUUCUUUACGAUUCAGUGUCAUAAUGGCAAAGAUAUCAAAGAAUAUUCUUAUUUUCAAGCUGAAGAUGAAAUUCUUCUUCCAGCUGCCAGACAAUUUAAGAUUGAAUCAUGUCUUAGCCAAGGUACAGAUUUGUAUAUGAUACAACUCAAAGAAAUUCAACCACCAUUUCCUUUGAUUGAACUUGUACCAACAAUACCUGCCAUGAAAGUUCCAGCAGAAGCAGUAACAGUAGUACCAUCACUACCAAAAUCCAUGGUCACGAAAACUAAAGCACGAGUACCACUACGUUCAAGUUUCACUGAUAUUCAUCCAAAUGCAAAGUGGAUGCAGAAUGGAAUUACUGUAGCUGGAGGAAAUGGAUGGGGCAGUGGAUUCAAUGAACUCAAGAACCCACAGGGUUUGUAUGUCGAUGAUGAUCAAACGAUUUAUGUCGCUGAUUGGGAAAAUCACCGUAUUGUGGAAUGGAAAUGUGGUGCAACAAAUGGUCAAGUGGUUGCUGGUGGAAAUGGAAGUGGGGAUGGAGCGAAUCAGUUAUAUGUCCCACGAGAUGUGAUUAUCGACAAAGAGAAAAAUAGUCUCAUCAUCAGCGAUUGGGGGAAUAAAAGAGUAGUUCGAUGGCCUCGUCAAAAUGGUACUAGUGGAGAAACUAUUAUUUCAAAUUUUUCUUGCUGGGGUUUGACAAUGGACGAGAAUGGAUCUCUCUAUGUCGUUGACGAUGGAAAACAUGAAGUGAGACGAUAUAAAAUUGGUGAUACUAAAGGAACAGUAGUUGCAGGUGGGAAUGGAAAAGGAAAUCGUCUCGAUCAACUCUCUAAUCCUUACUACGUAUUCGUCGAUAGAGAUCAUUCAGUGUUUGUGUCUGAUUGUGAAAAUCAUCGUGUGAUGAAAUGGGAAGAAGGUGCAAAGCAAGGCAUUGUCGUAGCCGGUGAUUAUGGAGAAGGAAAUGGUUUUACACAAUUGAGUCGUCCUCUAGGAGUUAUUGUCGAUCAAUUAGGCACUGUCUAUGUGGCUGAUUAUGAGAAUAAUCGAAUCAUACGUUGGCCAAAAGGAGCCACACAGGGAAAUAUCAUUGUUGGUGGAAAUGGUUACGGAACACAAUCGAAUCAAUUCAGUUAUCCCGUUGGUUUAUCAUUCGAUCGAUAUGGCAAUCUCUAUGUUGUUGAUCAGUGGAAUCAUCGAGUACAACGAUUUAAUAUCGAAUGA